GUCGCCUCCACAUCCCUAUUACGAAAGCGCAAAACGGUUGCCUAGGCAGCCCAGGCAACGGGGAAUUUGUACGUGAUGUAAACAAACCCAUUUUGCAAUAAUUUGACAGCCACGGUCAGUCGUUCUCAUAAUAAAUAAAAGUAAAUACAUUAAAAAUGACAUCCUUGGAUCUGAGACAGCAGAAACUCGAGCAACAGAGGCAAAUAAUAGCGCAGAAAAUGAAACAGAAACGACAGAGCGGCGCUGGCGGUAUGGUACAGGCAUCAAAUAUCUCUAGUUCACAAUAUAGCAGCCACUCUACUAAAUGGUUAAAUCCAAAUAGAGAGCUUCAUGGCUACGACGGACCUAUGCAGUUCACAAUGUCACCCAGUAAUCCUGACAUGGGAGUAUUACAGGAAAAUAAAACUAUGGAGUCAGAAGUAACAGAUAUCAGGACAGAGAGUGGAUUUUAUGAUGGGACGGAACGUUGUGAUGGUGCAGAUGAAGAAUCAUCCCCGGUGGAUUUGAGAUCACCAUCUGAAGCUCUUCACAGCCAAUCACCUCUUAGAGUAGCUCCUGUUGAUGGGUCAAUUAAUGCGAUCAAUGGCGAAAAUCAUUCCUCGAGCCCGGAAUUGGAGGGAAAUGUUGAGGGUAAUAUAGAACAAUUUGUUCUGCAACCAGCCAAUAAAAAAAUGCAUUAUAAGUGUAGAAUAACCCGUGAUAGAAAAGGCAUGGAUCGUGGUUUAUAUCCAACUUACUUUCUGCAUCUAGAACGCGACUAUGGAAAAAAGGUUUUUUUACUAGCCGGACGGAAACGCAAGAAGAGCACCACGAGUAAUUAUUUAAUUUCGUCUGACCCGACUGAUCUUUCAAGAGGAGCCGAAUCUUAUGUUGGAAAAUUACGAUCUAAUUUAUUGGGAACUCAGUUUACCGUAUAUGAUAAUGGAUAUUCUUUGAUGAAAAGUGAAAAGAGAGAGGAGCGUACUAAUCCCAGGCAAGAACUAGCCGCAGUUGUUUAUGAUACCAAUGUUUUGGGUUUCAAGGGGCCACGAAAAAUGACUGUAAUCAUACCUGGAAUGACUACAGAUCAGCAAAGAGUACAGAUUUGUCCUCGAGAUGAUACAGAAACAUUGUUAGAGUGUUGGAAAAUGAAAAAUAUGGAUAAUUUGAUAGAAUUGCAUAACAAAACACCAGCUUGGAACGAUGACACACAGUCUUAUGUACUAAAUUUCCAUGGACGUGUUACACAGGCGUCAGUAAAAAAUUUUCAAGUUGUUCACGACAGUGAUGUGGAUUACGUUGUGAUGCAAUUUGGUCGUGUAGCUGAGGAUGUUUUCACAAUGGAUUACCGUUUUCCACUAUGCGCACUCCAAGCUUUUGCUAUUGCAUUAAGCAGUUUUGAUAACAAAUUAGCCUGUGAGUGAUUUGUUUGUAUGUAUAAAUUAUAGAAACUGUAUAUUGCAAUGACACUGCUCACAUAUAAUCAAAAGGCUAGGAAACGGACAAUCAAUUCCAUUUUAAGUAUAAAACGAUUUACUGAAUAAUGAGAUGAGAAUUUUUAGAAUAUUCACUCUCGUAAAACCUUAGAUCCACAAUAAUAACUAUAAUAAUAUGUGUUCACAUUCCAAUAUAGAUAAUAUUUACAUAAUUCCUAUCUUUGGUUUAAACUUGUAGGCAGCUGAGACAAAUAAGUUUCAGACUCAUCUAACAUUCUGUAAAAGUCAAUUAUUUAACUUUCAAUCCGAGUGCUCCACCAAAUUUGAUAAAGUUUUCAAAAACAAAUGCUAGCUGGAUGUUACUGCAGUCAAACACAUAGUACCACGUUGAAUGAUAAUUUUUAGAUUAUUGUAGAAUGCAUUUUGAUACAAUUAUAAAAUUGAUAACAUUCAUCAAAUUUGUCAAGUUUGAACUAGUAAUUGCACGUCAGAUUUUGGAUUGGACUUUCAUGUUAUAUGGUACGAGAUAAAAUCGCAGCUACAACCAUAUGUAUA